AUAUCCAGAGUCGAAUCCUAGCUGUUGGAUAAAACCCGCACACUGUUCAGUGCACCCAAGUGAUAUAACUAUAUUACUUUCGUUAAAGAAAAUGGUACCGAGUGUUCUUGCUUUGUUGGUCUUGGCCUGUGCUUCUACUGCUCAACUUCCUCCGAGCAGUGACUGGCAAAGGACCAUCAUAUUCAUCCACAAGGAGACGUCACCCUCACAGUAUGUCUUUCUUCGAGGAGGUCUAGACCACAGUAGACGACCGGAUUGUGUCCACAACGCCACUGUUGACCCGUGCAGCAUCCCCAUUUGGCACAUCUGGACAACUCGUUAUGGGAAAUACAAUGCCUGGCGUCAGGGGGACAAUUUCCUGGACUGGUACGGUCCAGAGUGGGGCCAGGGCAUGGUUGAGUCGAUCAAUUUCCCGCCCCAAGGGACACCCAUGAUGUGGACUACUGAUGCAAGUGGUUGGUGCGACCCGAACGAUAUGGCUUGCUAUUACCAGGGUCGUCUUACAAUGAACGACCCUGAUUACUUUAACGCUGAGAGAGCCGGUUUCGGUUACACUCCUCGGAACAAGUGGGGAGAACACUACUGGAUGUUGGACGUGCUUAUGGACUGUUCCAGAACUUGGGAAGGCUGGUUUAAUGUAAAGGCUUACCUUACCCCUGAACGAGAAUGGGAGCCGGAUAUUUGGCAACGUGACUCUUGCACGUCUUGCAGGUAUAUGCCCCCUCCAAGCUCUAGGAACCACAUGGCAAGGUGCGGCGUGACUAACGUGUUCCAGUGGGGAAAGCCCUUUCCUUGUGAGAUCUUCCCUAACCAUCCCGACCCUGCUUUACCGGAUAAUUAUUAGUUGCAGUGUCAUGUUGCGGAUACCAGUCCCAGAUUUGAAAAAAAUUGCAUGUACUUGUAAGAGUAAUACAAUUCUUGAAAAGUGGCAAUUAUUAUGAACGUAUUGAUCAUCAUGUCUGUUUUUGUGUUAUGGAUGAGUCGCCUGACUGGAACAUUCUUCGAAAACGUCUAAACACUUUCAAGUGAAGGCAAAUGAUGAUGCCCUUACAUUUCAUUCACUAAUGGGUAACAUAAUAUUUAGUUAUUGACAAACGCCGUCGUCGCUUUUUUCAAACAUAUUCGAACACGAAGACACAGAUUAGUAUGCUUGUCUUUUGAGAAAUUCAAAUUACACAAAUACGUCAUGAGGGGUGUGUUGUGACUUUCUUCCCUGGAACCAAACACAGCCGACCUACUGGUUAAUGUGCAUCCGUAUGCCAUACAGGGUCUCAGCAAUCAAAGCUAAGCUUGCAGAAAAUAAAUGAAUACAUGCAAAAA